AUGAGUCUAACUCUUUGUCCUACCAAGAAUUUUAGACAAAAUUUUACUGUUCAGGUUCUAUCUAAAAACAAAGAGAAAACAGAAAAAUGUACACAAACAGAACCAAAUAUAGACAUUUCUGUACAAGAGAACAUUCAGGAAAUACCUCCACUCCCACCUUUACGGAUAAAUGUUCGAAGGGACCUGGUUGAUGGAACAUGGAAGAUUCAACAGAAAACAAAUAAAAAUUUGGAAACACGAGCUACAAAUCCAGUUAUUUGGCAUACACCUGACAGCCCCAGCAAUGGAGAAGAAAACCAAAUACCUGUAAACUACACCAUAGAAGAUGAUAUUAUUAUCCAGCCGCCACAUAGUCCCAAAAAUCAAGUUAAAAUAGUAAAUAAAUUGAUCUUUGAAGACGAUAUUGUAACACCUUAUGAAAACACAGAAUCGAAAAAAACUAACAUGAAAUGUGUAACAAUGGAACAUAAACAUGAAUUGAUCAAAUUGAAGUGUGAUGGAGGUUUCUCAAUCAAGAUUAAAGAUGAAUACGAAUGUCCGAAAUGCCAAAAGAAAUUUACCGAGUACAAGAAGUUUUACCUGCAUCAGCGACAGCAUAUAAAGAGGUUUGCGUGCCCCCUCUCCGGGUGCGGCAAAAAGUUCGCCACUAAAGGGGAUCUGGCCAAACACACCAGAGUGCACACGAGGGAAAAACCAUUCAAGUGUAAAACGUGCGGAAGAAGAUUUGCACAGCGGGUCUCGCUGAGGCAGCAUGAGGAUAGUAUUCAUUUUAAUUUAAAAUCAGUCAGCCUGUGUUAGGGC